GCUUUCGCUUCGCAUCAGCUGGAGCUGUCCGCGUUUGAUAGAAGUGUCCUCUGGCUGUUUGUCGCCUGGUCUCCAGGUAAUCCGUCUUUUCCAGGACGCAUUCACAUUAUUUUUCGUGGAUGGUUUAUCUGCAACUGAGUGCAAACAACAGAGUAUCAUUAACAAGCUGUUUGAAGGCAGAGCUGAUUUGAGUUUCUCCACUAAAACACCUCAAAAAGGUGCCAAAACAAGCAAUAUGACUACAGCACAGUCGGUGUUGCUGCUUGCAGUGCAUAUUCUGCUGAUCUCGGAGUUCAUCCUGGCCAAGAGAGACUACUACGACAUACUGGGGGUGCCCAAAGAUGCCACCGAGCGCCAGAUCAAGAAGGCCUUCCAUAAGCUGGCCCUGAAGUACCACCCUGACCGAAACAAGGGCCCAGACGCCGAGGCCAAGUUCAGAGAAAUAGCAGAGGCAUACGAGACGUUAUCAGAUGAUAAGAGGAGGCGAGAGUACGACCAGUUUGGGCACGGCCCGUCACCAGGGGAGGGCCAUGGGGGAGGAGGAGGAGGCGGCAACUACAACUUUAACCAGCACUACCAGUCUUUCAACUUCAACUUUGAUGACAUGUUCAAAGACUUUGAGACUUUCGGUCAGCAACAGCGACACCAACACCACUUUCACUCCCACUCCCAAAACCAGGCCCACCAAAAGAGACACUUUGACAGCCACUUCCAGGCCCACCGGGAGGCUAUGAACAGACAUAGGAGACAGUUCCAGCAGGGGGGUGUCGGCGGAGGACUCUUUGAUGACAUGUUUGAGGACUUGGAGAAAAUGUUCUCCUUUACCUCGCACAGUUCCAGGACUGAGAGCAGAUUCCAGGGCAUGGGAAAGCAGCACUGCAGGACAGUGACCCAGCGUAGGGGGAACAUGGUGACCACCUUCACUGACUGCUCCUGAGACAAGCAAGAAAACGACGGUCUACAGGAGGGCCACCACUUGGGACCCUGCUGGGCUUUUCAGUUGUGGUUUUGGAAUUGUAUGCUAAUUUAUUACGUGGUGGAAUAUAGAACAGUUUUGUGUGGGUUUUGUAAUUUUCUGUAUGUAAUUUCCUCUAGGAACAAAUAUCCAAGCUGGCCUGAUAAAGUGCUGCUUCCAAGCAAUAACUCACUCACAUAAUUGUUCAUAGCACAAUAUAAGUCUUAGGUUGAUUCAGAUACAGUACCAUCAUUUAGCUUUCUGGGUCCAUUAUGUUUACGUGUGUUCUUUUUUGUUUUUGAUUACAUUUUAUUGGACUCAGGUAUGGCCAAAGGUUAAAAUAUCAUUUAAAAUUUGAAAAAACUUUUCUUUCGAGAGCAGUGCAGCAAUAAUAUUGAUUAAAACCACAUUUUAGGCCAUACUAUUAUUGCGCUCUCUCCAAUAUAAACCAGGCAUUGCUCAUGUAGCCUAGCGUACUCUGGACAAAUUUUGAUUUAUAGAAGAAAUUUCGCUGUGAAAAUGGAGCUUCACAUCCUGAGAUGUGUGCAAGUUGGCCAUUAUCAACUGUUACCUCAUAGUUCCUUUCUACAAAGUUGCAUCUACCUUCAGAAAGGAAAUGAACAGUUCCAUUUCAAAUGCUGGUAUACUUAGCCACAGGCAAAGUUUGUGUACUCUCUCAGCUGUUUUGUAACUUGUUGUUCGGACGGUUACAACAACCUGGGGCCAUCUGCCAGUGAAGCUGAAUGGUCUGAAAUGUUUCAGAACUUAUCAAAAUGUGCAAUAUUUAGCACCUUUGCUCUUCAUGUUGCCUAUCUUUCAUAGACAGUGCUGUGUUAAUGUCAUUGUCUAAUGUCCGCACUUUGUGUGUGUGUGUGUGUGUGUGUGUGUGCACGCUGAGAGUGGCUUGAAUGUUGAUUGGUUGCAUAAUGAUUGAAAUAAAAAGUUACAAGAGCAAA